AUGAUGCUCGCUCCAGUGCCCGUUUACAGCUUCGGCCCGUCCACUCCGUCCGAUGGACAUUUGAUGGACGAAGAGCCUCCAUGCCGUGAUGGAACGUGUGCUUGUUGUCGGGUUUCGGGAAAUGAAAGAAGACUCUUUGUUUGCCGUGAUUGCUUCACCGCCGGUCGCCACAAACUUCCCGGUGUUUUCGAGUGUCGCUUUUGCUCGGAAACCUGUUGGCAAAUGUCGAUGAUGAAAACGCAUCGCUUUCUUCAUCAAAAAUUGUCCGAAGAACAAAUGGACGCCAUUCAACAU